AUGUCGAAUAUUAUCAAUGUGCUAUUUGCUACUAUGAAGGGUAGUAAAUACCCUGGACAAUUGAAAGGGGAUUAUACUGCUGGAGAUAUAAAAAAAUUAGUCAUAGGCUUAUUUGGUUCGGACAAUUAUCGACUAAUUGUUAAUGGGCAAGAAAUUCAAGAUAAUAAUCCAACUCAAUUCAACGAAUUGAAAAAGAAUAUUAAAAAUAAUACAACCAUCUAUGUAUGCCAACGGAUGGAUGGUGGAUCAGGCAUGGUUGACCUUGAUUCACACAAGGCAACGAUUAUUGUCGAUCUUGAGGACGAACUGCGUAAAAUUCCAACGCAACAUACCAAUUCUGAAUGUAUGAUUUGCACCGAAGAGAAAAAAUGUAUAAAAUACUGCUGUAGUUCAAUCAUUUGCAAAGAAUGCUUUCCCAACAGUUUUAUCUAUGCGGAUUAUAAAGUGAUUUGUUUAACUUGUAACAAAGUUCUACCGCCAGAGUCAAUUUUCGUUACGAAACAAUUUAUCCAAUCGCUCAUUCAAAUGGAUGAAACUAAGCUGAUGGCACGAAAUAUCGAUUUUCAAAUCUGCAGAUGCGGAGCAUUUGGUAUCAACAGCACAAUGUAUGCAAAACAAAAGUGUAAUAACUGUCAACGAUGGUUCUGCUUCUUCUGUAAUGAAGAUUGGAAUGAAACAGAAAAAAAGAUGAAAAAUGACAAGUAUUCAUGCCGAGUGAAUUGUUUUUGGGAAACAAAAAUCACCUACCAAUUAGUUACAUUAGAAUACAACAAGAAUAUGGAAGUACCAAAUCGACGAUGCUGUCCGAAAUGUAUGGAAUGUGGCUCUUAUGAUUUAAAAUGCAAAUACCACAGAUGCAAAUGCGGUCAUACAUUCUGUUUUAUCUGUUUGAAAUCUCAGACUGACUGUCAGCGUGAUUUUAAAUCGGCAUACAAUCGACCAUGUGGCGCAGUAGCUCAACAAACAUACACCAUGUUUCCACGUCUUUGUCACGAAUAA